CCAAGAAUCCCAAGUUACUAAUAUUCUACUUCACUUUCCAAGAUCCAUAAAGCCUGCAGAAUCCGUUCACGACUCUUCCCUCCACCACCAGCACCACCGCCACCACCACCAUCAUCAUCAUCAUCAUCAUCAUCUCUCUCGCCCUCUCUUUCUCCGCAUAUUCUCAGCUGAACGCGCGGAGGGCGACGCCGGUCGAGGCAGCGGGGGCUGAAUCGGGCGAUCAAGAAGUCCCUUGGGGACUCCCCUCGUCUCUCUGCUUCGAAGGGUCCCGCGUCUUCUUUUGCCGAACGAUCAGGGCCUUUGAGAGAGAGAGAGAGAUGGAUGGUCACGGCGUAUCAAGAAAGGGUAUGAUCGCCGCGGUGUACUGGGUCUUGCUGUGUGCCGCUGCUCUCCAGGGCUCUGUCGCUGAUAUUCCUCGCUUCUGGAAGAAGUCCGUCUCCCGCGUUGGGUCCUCCUUCGUCCUCCCUCUCUCCGGAAAUGUUUACCCUCUCGGGUACUAUUCGGUGUCGCUCAGCAUUGGUCACCCAGCAAAGGCUUUUGACCUGGACAUCGACACUGGCAGUGACCUAACUUGGGUCCAGUGUGAUGCUCCUUGUAGUGGGUGCACUAAGCCUCUCAACAGUCUUUACAAGCCUAAUAACAACCUUAUGCACUGUGAGAACCCUCUCUGUGCUGCCAUAAAUACAUCCGGAAACCAACCAUGUAAAACCCCCAGUGAUCAAUGUGAUUAUGAGGUGGAAUAUGCAGAUCAAGGUUCAUCUUUAGGUGUUCUCGUCAAUGACUAUUUCUCCCUAAAAUUAUUGAAUGGAUCUCUCGUCAGUCCUCGAUUGGCCUUUGGAUGUGGAUAUGAUCAACAUUUUCCCGUUAACACACCUCCUCCUCCUCCUACCGCUGGUGUCCUUGGUCUUGGCAAUGGCAAAGCUAGCAUCAUCUCUCAAUUAAGUAACCUCAGCGUGAUACGCAAUGUACUAGGUCACUGUCUAAGUGCUCGAGGUGGGGGCUUCCUUUUCUUUGGAGAUGACCUUGUCCCUUCUUCGAAAAUUGCCUGGGUAUCAUUGUCAGCUAGUUCAUCAGACAAGCACUACGCAGCAGGACCUGCGGAACUCUUAUACAAUGAUAAGCCUACUGGUGUAAAGGGUCUUAAAGUAGUUUUUGACAGUGGGAGCUCCUACACUUACUUAAAUUCUAAGGCUUACCAAGCUGUUCUCAAUCAGGUAAGGGCAGAUUUGAAGGGAAAGCCUUUGAAAGAUGCAGUUGAGGACAAGUCUCUUCCGAUCUGCUGGAAGGGAGCAAAACCUUUCAAGUCUGUACAUGAGGUCAAGAACCACUUCAAGCCUCUGCAGUUGAAUUUCGGGAAAGGAAAUGCCCAACUUCAGUUGCUGCCCGAGGCUUAUCUCAUUGUCACAAAACAUGGUAAUGCAUGCUUGGGAAUUUUGAACGGCGGGGAAAUGAGACUAGGAGAGCUCAACCUAAUCGGAGACAUUUCCAUGCAAGAUAAAAUGGUGAUUUACGACAAUGAAAAGAAGCAGAUUGGAUGGGUUACGGCGGACUGUGACAGGCUUCCGAAGUCCUGACCUGUUCUCAGUUUUUUCUCUUUUUAAAUAAUGAUGCGCUGUUGACUUUCUCACCAGGAACAUUUUUUCCUCUUUAUUAACAGUGCAGAUCGUGAUUAUAAUGGUGAUUUUUCUGAGCCUUAUGCAGCUGAUUUUGGCAUCUUAAGAUAGUUGACUCCAGCGUCGGAGCAGUCUUUGGGUGAUCGAGAAUGUGUUAGGUAAAUGAGAGAGAGAGAGUUCCUUGAUGUCACGGACUUACAUGUAAUUUUUUUUGGGGGGGCAAAGGUAGGAAUUACAAACAUUAUAUUCCUUUGCCUGUUGUAAAUUCGCUGGUCAGCAGAUGUAAUUGCCAUAAGCCCUAUAUUAGCAGGCGCAGUACAUGUAUUUUGUCACAGAAAAGCUCAGAACAUUACGUUACAAUCUAGUGAUCUACUGCCACAAACAUCUUACUGAA